AUGUCUCUCACGGAAUCCGCCGCGGCAGCCAUGCUGACCGCCGCGGUCGUGGUAGACAGUCCCAUUGACGUGCAUGAGCCUCGUUGGGAUGACCAGACGAGGGGCCGCGAUUUGUACACACAACUAGUGAUCAGUUUACUCGUCGGGCUCAGCGCCUUUUUCUCCUUCUGUGUUCUACGACCGAAAUGGACCGAACUAUACGCCGCUCGGCGACGACAACGCUGCGCAGCUUCAUACUUGCCCGAACUACCCGAUAGUUUCUUUGGCUGGAUACCUGUACUAUAUCGGAUCACUGAUGAGCAGGUGCUGGAGUCUGCAGGCUUGGAUGCUUUCGUUUUUCUCACUUUCCUGAAAUUCGCCAUUCGAUUCCUCUCCGCUAUAUUCUUCUUCGCCUUGGUUAUCAUUCUACCGACACACUACAAGAAUACCGGUAAAUCGGGGGUUCCGGGUUGGGAUGACGAUGAUGACGAGACAUUCGAUGGAGACAAAGACAAGAAGAAGAUCAUAUCGGAUCCGAACUACUUGUGGAUGUAUGUCAUUUUUACAUACAUUUUCACUGGGCUUGCUGUCUACAUGCUCAUCCAAGAGACCAAUAAGGUUAUCCGCACGAGGCAAAAGUACCUUGGAAGCCAGACCAGUACGACCGAUCGGACUAUUCGCUUGUCUGGGAUACCUCCGGAUCUGGGGACCGAGGAGAAGAUCAAGGAAUUCAUGGAAGGCCUCAAAGUGGGUAAGGUCGAGAGUGUCACACUGUGUCGGGACUGGCGCGAAUUAGACCACCUGAUCGACGAGCGACUGAAACUUCUGCGAAAUCUCGAGCGGGCUUGGACUAGACACCUGGGCUACAAACGGGUUAAGGCAAGUCCAAACGCGCUGACCUUGCUGCACCAGCAGCCGCGUGGCUCUAGUAUUGUAUCAGAUGGGGAGAGUGAACGGAUUCAACUUCUCUCUGAAGGAGGACGCGAUCAUGUUACGGACUAUGCACACAAGCGGCCAACAGUGCGCAUUUGGUAUGGGCCUUUCAAGCUACGCUAUAAGAACAUCGAUGCGAUCGAUUACUAUGAAGAAAAGCUACGUCGUCUCGACGAGAAGAUCCAGGUUGCUCGCCAAAAGGAAUAUCCGCCUACUGAGGUCGCCUUCGUCACGAUGGAGUCGAUUGCCGCGUCUCAGAUGGUUGUACAAGCCAUACUUGAUCCUCACCCCAUGCAACUGCUCGCUAGACUGGCACCAGCACCAGCUGAUGUCGUGUGGAAAAACACCUACCUCCCGCGCUCGAGGCGGAUGAUGCAAUCCUGGUUCAUCACUGUGGUCAUUGGCUUCCUGACUGUAUUCUGGUCGGUGCUUUUGAUUCCCGUUGCCUAUCUGCUUGAGUACGAGACUCUCCACAAGGUGUUCCCUCAAUUAGCCGACGCUCUUGCUCGGAACCCACUUGCCAAGUCCCUUGUGCAGACUGGUCUGCCGACCUUGGUCCUCUCGCUGUUGACUGUCGCUGUGCCUUACUUGUAUAACUGGCUCUCGAACCAUCAAGGCAUGAUGUCCCGAGGUGACAUUGAGCUGUCAGUCAUAUCGAAGACCUUCUUCUUCUCUUUCUUCAACCUCUUCCUUGUCUUCACGGUGUUCGGAACUGCGACUACAUUCUACGGGUUCUGGGAGAAUCUGCGAGACGCCUUCAAAGAUGCUACGACCAUAGCCUUUGCCUUGGCCAAGACUCUGGAAAACUUUGCACCAUUUUACAUUAACUUCCUAUGUCUUCAAGGAAUAGGAUUGUUCCCGUUCCGCCUCCUAGAGUUCGGAAGUGUUGCCAUGUAUCCCAUCAACUUUCUGGCCGCUAAGACACCUCGGGAUUAUGCUGAGCUAUCCACACCCCCUACAUUCAGUUACGGGUAUUCCAUUCCGCAGACGGUUCUGAGCCUUAUCAUCUGUGUGGUAUACAGCGUGUUCCCUAGCUCAUGGUUGAUAUGCCUAUUCGGGUUGAUUUAUUUCACCAUCGGCAAAUUUAUUUACAAGUACCAGCUUCUGUACGCGAUGGAUCAUCAGCAGCAUUCGACGGGACGCGCAUGGCCGAUGAUCUGCAGUCGAAUUCUGAUGGGCUUGAUGGUUUUCCAGCUCGCCAUGAUCGGCGUGCUUGCCUUACGCCGGGCUAUUACGCGCUCUUUGCUUAUUGUGCCUCUCCUGAUGGCAACCGUAUGGUUCAGCUAUUUCUUUGCACGGACCUACGAGCCUCUUAUGAAGUUCAUCGCUCUAAAGAGCAUUGACCGCGAGCGGCCUGGUGGGGGGGACAUCUCCCCGUCCCCGUCUUCGACCUUCUCUCCUCCAUCCGGCCUCGACCGCGAUUCUUUUCCGAUCCGCAUCGGUGGUCAAGAACUCGGAUUGCGGCUGAGGAAGUAUGUCAACCCAAGCCUGAUCCUGCCUCUCCACGAUGCAUGGCUUCCGGGACGUACGAUGGUUCCGGAACUCCAGGGAGAACUGGAGCACCGCAAUUCCGAAAACAACGCGGCCGAUGAGUCCGUCUGA